AUGGAACAACAGUUAUCAAACCGUGACAAUGAUAUCAACAAUAUUGUUGCUUUAUGUUUAAAACUAAAAAACAAACCAGGCGUUUUUUCGGAAUUUGUUAUGAUAGGUUCAGGAUUCAAAUAUAUAGGCCAAGGAGACACGGCUCGUUGUGACGAUUGUGGUCUUGAGGUAUCUAAUUGGACAUCUGAUAUGCAGCCAUAUAUUGUUCACUCCACUAAAAGUCCUGAUUGUUCAUUUAUUCGUUCUUUAAAGUCAUCAAAUUCACUUAUACGCUCUUCAUGUUCUUCUUCUUUCUCAAGUCCUGCCUACACUUGUUCUUCGCCAUCAACAGCUACUGUUAAAAGUGCAUCGAUAUCAAAUGAACCAGAAUAUCCAUCGAAACGUCAGAAGAUUGAAACAACUCAUGCAAACUUUUAUUCAAAUAGUCUCUUUGAAAGUGAAAAACUUCAACAGAUACGAAAGCGAACUUUUUCACAUUGGCCACAUCGUACUAUGCCAUCUCAAGCACAAAUGAUUGAAGCAGGAUUCUUCAAUUGUAACGUCGGUGAUCGAGUAAUAUGCAUUUAUUGUAAUUUGAUUUGCCAGCAAUGGACACCACAUACUGAUGAUGCAUGUGAAGUUCAUAAAACUCUUUCUCCCAAUUGUAUAUAUGUUAAAGCUAAAUUAAUCCGACCGGAAGCAAGAUCGAUAUUAAUCGUUAAUGAAACCGCAGUAGGAGCAGCUUCAGGAAGUCAUUCAUCAACUUCAAACAAUCCUGAUCUAUUCCGUUGCAAUGAAUUUGUUCCUACAGCUGCAUGUCAUGCUGCAUAUACAGAAUUACCCAGAAGGACUGCAUCAUUUGCGACAUGGCCAAGUGAAAAUUUACCUUCUGUCGAAGAUCUUGUGCGAGCCGGAUUCUUUUAUACUGGUACAAAAAGUAUUGUCACUUGUUUUUAUUGCAAUGGAUCUUUACAGAAUUGGGGACAAAAUGACAAUCCUAUGAUAGAACAUGCUCGAUGGUUUCCACAUUGUGCUUAUGCCAAACAAUUAUGUGGUGUUGAUCUUUAUAGGAAAAUUCAAGAAUCUAAACGAGCUCAACAAGAACGCGCCAGAGGGAACGAAUCAAAAGAGAAAGUAAGCACCAUUGGUAUGAGUGGUAAUAAUACAAAUUCAAAUAGUCGACAAUUAUUAAUACCUGAUGAAAGUACUUUAUCACGUCUUGUUGCUGCUCGACUUGAUCUACCAAAUUCACAAAGUUUAUUAAGUAAAAAUUUUAAAUUAUCUAUUAUUAAACGUUGUUGGGAAGAUCAACUUCGAUUAAAACAAGAUGAUUUCGUAAGUGAUGCCGAUUUGCAUAUGGCUUGUAUAAUUCUUCAAAAGCAAAUUGAGUACAUUGAUGGUAAAAAAGAAAAUAUCAUUAUACCAACUAUAAAAAUGAAAAAAAUUCGAGAAGAUUCUGAAAGAGAAAUAGCAGAAACUCUCACUCGUCAACAACCUGCUCUGAUACGAACUGGUUCUGCUCCUACUCAAUCGAUGCCUAUUGCUACAUCCAAUUAUACUGAUGUAGAAAUGACAACAUCAUCACAAUCAGCAACAAAUGAAUCAGUAUCUUCAUCACAAGAAACAUCAACUGUCAAGCAAGAAGAAACAAAGGUACCAAAACCAACUACUUCUGUUACAAGCGAACAAAAUCAAACAAGUGAUUCAUCGCCAGCUAACCCAUGCGUAUUAUGUUUAACAGAAGAAAAACGACUCGCCUGUAUACCUUGCGGCCAUUUAGCAACAUGUGUUCCAUGUGGACACUCAUUACGAUCCUGUCCAAUUUGUCGUCGAGAAAUUGAAGCAUUUGUUAGAAUUUACAUUUAA